AUGAUCGGCCCCGGCACGGGCAUGUUGGGUGAAGAUGGUAUUCAUGUGGAUAUGAACCAUCUAAAGUCCGGAGAAGUCAACCUAGGAACAUCCAUCAUGGCUAUCAACUUCAAAGAUGGUGUCAUUCUCGGAGCCGACAGUCGAACGACCACCGGUGCAUACAUCGCCAACAGAGUUACAGACAAACUCACCCAAGUACAUGACACAAUUUGGUGCUGCCGGUCAGGAUCAGCUGCCGAUACUCAGGCCGUAGCCGAUAUUGUGCAGUAUCAUCUGGGAUUGUACGGUAUAAUGAACAACGGGCCUCCAACGACACAGACCGCCGCUGCGCUGUUUCAAGAGCUGUGUUACGAAAACAAGGAUCAACUCAGUGCUGGCAUGAUCAUUGCCGGAUAUGACAAACGAAAUGGUGGACAAGUCUACUCAAUACCUCUUGGAGGUUCGCUACACAAAGGCCCAUAUGCCAUUGGGGGUUCCGGAUCAACAUACAUCUAUGGCUUCUGCGACGCACACUGGAAAGAAGGCAUGACUGAAGAGGAGGGAGUCAACUUUGUCAAAGAAGCUCUAAGCGAAGCUAUCAAGUGGGACGGCAGUUCUGGCGGCGUGAUUCGAAUGGUGGUACUGACAGCAAAGGGGGCCCAGCGGCACUUGUACCUGCCCGACCAGGGUUAUCGAGGACCAGGAAAGGAUUGA